AUGGCUAACCGCACCGUUAAGGAUGCGGUGACAGUGAAGGGAACAAACCCGCAAUAUUUGGUUGAAAAAAUCAUCCGUACGAGGAUAUAUGACUCGAAAUAUUGGAAGGAAGAAUGUUUCGCUUUAACAGCCGAACUCAUUGUGGACAAGGGAAUGGAGUUAAGGUACGUUGGAGGAAUAUAUGCGGGAAAUGUGAAACCAACGCCAUUUCUGUGUCUCAGCUUGAAGCUGCUUCAGAUUCAACCCGAAAAAGAUAUUAUCGUGGAAUUCAUCAGGCAAGAAGACUACAAGUAUAUACGUGCCUUGGGUGCUAUGUAUCUCCGACUGACGUUCAGCUCAAUUGAAGUGUACAAAUAUUUGGAACCACUUUAUAAUGACUACCGGAAGUUGAGAUAUAUGAAUAAAGAAGGAAGAUUUGAGCUCAUCUAUAUGGAUGAAUUUGUGGACAAUUUGUUACGAGAGGAACGUUAUUGCGAUAUACAAUUACCACGACUUCAAGGUCGUCAAGCUCUGGAACAAAUCGGUGAGCUACAGCCGUACGUAAGUGCCCUGGAUGAAGACUUAGAGAAACUCUCAUCGUCAGAUUCCGAGGAAGAUGAACGCGUGACGAGGAAAAAAGAACGUCCAAAGCUUGUCUCACGGCGACGUAGCCAUUCGAGGGAACGCGAAAGGGAGAGGGAAAGAGAUCGGGAACGUGAGAGGGACAGAGAUAGAGAACGGGACAAGGACAGGGAACGAGAGCGUGAACGGGACAGAGAUCGAGUCAGGGAAAGGGAACGAGAACGGGAACGCGAGAAGGAGCGAGAAAGAGAGCGUGAACGGGAGAGGGAUCGCGAUCGGAACAAAGAUCGAGAUCGACGAAAUCGAUCACCGGACACUCGCGAUCGCGACAAGGACCGUGGAGACAGAGAUAAGCGAGAUCGUGAGAGGGAUCGUGAUCGUGAGAAGGGUCGAGAUCGCGAUCGCAGGUGA